GCGGUUCUAUAAAUGCUCUUCUUCAUCCGCAUCGCCUCCUCCUCCUCUAAACCAGAGAGAGAGAGAGAAAGAGAGAUUCAGAUAAACGAGCGUGAAAGGGGCCGAGUGUUUUUAAAGAACUAAAACGCUGUCGUUCCCUUCACCAUCCUCUUCAUUCUCUCUCUCCCACGAGUUUCUCGGCUUUUCUCGCGUUGUAACGAGCUUGAGAUCUUGUCCCACGGAGUGAUUGAGUUUUUCUCUUCACGAAGAUCGUGUUCCACGCAUUUUAACUGCAGCAGACGAUGGUGAUGUGGGUCUUUGGCUAUGGCUCUCUUGUGUGGAACCCAGGGUUUCACUACGAUGAGAAAGUGUUGGGUUUCAUCAAGGGUUAUAAACGUGUCUUUGAUCUUGCUUGCAUUGAUCACAGAGGUACACCAGAGCACCCUGCAAGGACUUGCACACUCGAGAAAGAUGAAGAAGCUAUAUGCUGGGGUACUGCAUUCUGUGUCCGUGGAGGACCAGAAGAAGAACGUUUGGCUAUGGAGUACUUGGAACGUAGAGAGUGUGAAUAUGAUCUAAAGACAUCUGUAGACUUUUACAAGGAAGAUGAUCCCCUGAAUCCAGCUGUAACCGGAGUGAUGGUAUUCACUUCUACUCCAGACAAGGUCUCCAACAAGUAUUACCUUGGACCUGCGCCAUUAGAAGACAUGGCAAGACAAAUUGCGACAGCCAAUGGACCAUGUGGUAACAACAGAGAUUAUCUCUUCCUGCUAGAGAAGGCAAUGCACGACAUCGGGCAUGAGGAGGAGUAUGUUAUAGAGCUGGCGAAUGAAGUGAGGAAAGUUCUCGCGGAGAAGGUAACACCGGUGAAGGAAUCAAGAGCGAGCCCUGUGGCUAAGAAGUCCAAGAGCAAUGUCCCCACGGCUCAUCAGAUUCUUCCUCACCAACCUGAAGCUGUUUCCACUACUAUAUGAAUCUUGUGGUUUGUCUUUUAAUUGUCUUUAGAGACGAGUGAUUUGUUAAACCAGAUCGUUUUGCUUCUUUUUGUAUAACAUACUCAGUCGAGUAGAGAAGUUUAAUAUUUAUGCGUUCGGAACU